ACUAGACGCCAUGUAAUCACAGAUGUUUCCACCGUAUAAUAUGUAGUACAGGAAUGGCCGUGUAGUGUUUUGCUUCCGUUUUCGAAGAAAGUGUUUUCCAGGCCUUUUUUUACCUUUUAAUGACCAUCUGAGGAAGUCAUUUCGUAACUGUCUGUAAGUUGGCUGAACUGUGAGCUUCCUGUUUGAAUUUUACUGAAUUCACCCUACACAGCGAAAGUUCCUUAUCUACACCGUCAACGCGUUUAAUGCGUGUAGUUCAAACUGACAGUCUCUCAGCUUACCAAGAAAUUCUCCUCCACCUUUAAUGUUACUUGGAAGUUCCAUAGUGAGUUCAGAUCAGCCCGCCAUUGGACACCAUGCUAUACCAACCGUUUUUUGUGUUUCGUAGUCAAAAGGUUAAAUUCACAUGUCGUAUGGCAACAGAUAAGAGACGCGAAGGAAAUCAUGUGGCAGUCUUGCAGACACCGAUAGCAGUCAUCAAUUAUGCUGAAAGUUCUGACCGUCACAUUUCUUGUUUCAAUAUUCUGCCACCACGGUUGUGCAGGCGGGCCGAAUGACACAGUUGGUGCACCUGAAGAUAUCGGUUGGCAGACUUGGUUACUUGUCGAUCCAGGGAAACCCAGAGAACACAUGGAGAAUGAAAAGAAGAGACGAAUAACCCCUAAGUCCGUCUUCAUAGCUCCCGCCUUUUCUGGGACCUCCCAUCUUCCAGACUGUGCUGACGGUUACAGACCAGAUUCGAUGGGUCGAUGUGUCAAGUUGGUACAACUGAACCACGAGGCGCAGUUGGAUUUCCUUCUGCAGAGACUCAAUGCAAUGUAUGCAGCUCCUCCAGUUCGACGUGGCUCAGGAGACGACAUGUCGGCUUCUGAUUCCAGUCCAUCGGGACCUUUUCAAGUGCCUAUACCGAUAGACAUCCCACAGGAACCGGAACAAGAAACAGAGGAAUCAGUUGAAGUCGCUGUUGUAAUGGCAGACGUCUUCAAAGACAAUCGACUGAUUGACAACAACAAAAGAAAUGAAACAAAAGAAUCACAGAGUAUUGUAGCUGUUUGGAAUGUUGGCAAGAAUGGAACGUCUCUCGAAGAAAUCGAAAGUUCUAGUGAUUUAGAAAAUGAGUCAGAGGAUCUUCAUUUUGGAGAAACAGAUUUGAAAUUAAUCACGUCAAAUGAUACAAAAUAUAAAAUUGUAAAUAAGAGUGAAAAUUCUACGGACGCGAAAACAUCAUCGAAAGUAAUUAAUCACACGUUAGAAGAUACAAUUACAUCGCCUUAUUCGGCUUUGGGAUUGUUAGAGGAAGUUAGCAACGUCAGUUCCGAAGACGGGAGGUCAGGAAAUACGAGUCGAAGGAACGUUUCUGGUAAUCGAGACUCGGCUGAAUCAAUUCCGAUAACAACUGAAGCAUUUGUUAUAACAGCAGUAACUAAACGAGACAGUUUCGCGGGUAAUGUCCAUGCGUCGCUACCAGAAAUCCCAGUCACUAGAGAAAUAGAACCACAGUUGCUUCCAGCAUCGACGUACAGACCAAGAACAUUUGUGAGAUUCCCUUCAGAAAAUAGUCCCGUCAGUGUUGAUAACAACGAAGCUUUGUCAAAUGGCGUUUUUGCUGGGCGAACGCGAAAUCGUGUGAAAUUUCCACAAACCCACUUUGGUUUUCAGAAACCAGGAUCUUUGUUACCUAGUGAUGUUCAACAGAGGCAGACAUUUUGGUGGUUGCCAACAGGAUGGCGAUUAGAUCCGACAAGGCAUCAGCCGAUGUUGAUUACAUUUUGGGCAAGGAUGCCUUUGCUACGUGAUCACCACUUCCGGUUGACUGACAGUCAUCAAAUCACCAACGCGGGCAGGAGACGUGGACCUCUGGUGUAUUAAAAACGAGUGAGAAAUUUGACGGACAGUACAAAUAUCAGGAAUCCAUGCUUACGUCACAAGGAAUGCAGAGACCUGAUAUAUGAUUGUGUUUUCUAAUCGGUCCGGUCCUAGUCUGUUUGGAAGCUGUUGAGUCGACAACUCUUCAGAGAUUAUGAAAGCUUGAAGUUUGAGUUAUGUUUUUGUUAAAAUUUUAACCAAGGCAAAAAAAUGUAAUCAGUUAUAUAUUUAUAUUGUAUAUAUAUUAUUGUAGUAUCCGGAAUAUAGAAUUAUGUGAUCUGAUAUUCGUGUACGCUACGUGAAGGUUUGACGGAGGACGAUUUAUCAUAAAUUAAACAAAUGUAAUUACCAAAAUGCCCGGGAUCCAAAGUCAAACCUUCAAUUUCAAUCUCUUUUUGAGUGUUACUGUAGGAGUACAAAGUAUUUAAUUAUGUGUAUAAUAAAAUAUGAUAUGAGGCUAAGUA